AUGGCGGACACACCUUCUACAAGAGACGCGCAGACCGAGUGUACCAUGCUGGAUCGCAUGCUGCUGCACCUUGAUGAGUUCUUCACCCAUUACUGGGAGAUGUUUGAGGUAUUACCAGCAGCGGCAGCUGGGGGACAGAGGAGAGGAUGGGUGCAAGCAGGAGAGGGGGUGCAUGGGGCCCAGUCAGGCACAACCUCUCACCGAGCAUCCAACCCGCAACACACCUAG